CGAAUCCCGCCAUCAUGGAGUCGAGGAGUCGCUUUCUUCUUGUCUUAUAACCUUUACACUACGAUUUGAUCCCUACUAUACCCCUCAUCCUCCUUCUCAUCACCACACCAUCGCUCACCACAACCCCCAACAUGUCCGACACGCCCACCGCACCGACCGGAGACCAUGACGUCCGCGAACCUACCUCCCCCGACAACACCACCGACGAGCAUCAACAUCCCCAACGACUCGAACUCACCAUCCACCACCGCAACACGCCUCACACCCUGACCCUCCCCGCAACUGCCACCCUGCACGAUCUAACCCUCCACCUCGAACACCACCUCAACAUCCCCGCCUCCCACCAAAAACUGCUCAUCACCCCCCCGCCCCCGCGCCACCUCAUCCCCGGCACCCUCAAACCGCCCCUCCCCGCCACACAAGCCGCCCUCCCCCUCACGACCACCCUCUCGCUCACCUCGCCGCGCUUCAAACUCACCAUCCUGGGCUCGCCGGUCCCCGAAGUCACGACCCUCAACGCCCAGGGCGCCGCCCAAGCCGCCCGCGAGCACCGCCGCCUGACCACGCACGCCCAAUACGCCGCGACGGCGACCCCGUCCGCGGUCUCGGCCUCGCUCUCGCGCAUCCACACUCUCUCCAGCCACGACCCCACCUCGCAAUACACCUUCCACCGACUCGUCCCGCUGGCCCACCUCCCCAACCCGCAGCGCAGCCACGCCUUCCUGGCGCGCCUCCGCGACGACCCCGGCAUCCGGUCCGCGAUGCGCCUCCAUCAAUUCUCCGUGCCCGUGCUCACGGAGAUGGACCCGGUCGAGCACACGACGGCCCACUCGCGGACUCUGGGCCUCAACCGCAACAAGGGCGAGGUGAUCGAGUUGCGGCUCCGCACCGACGCCUACGACGGCUACCGCGACUAUCGGACGAUCCGCAAGACGCUGUGCCAUGAGCUGGCGCAUUGCGUGCACAGUGAGCAUGAUCGCUUGUUCUGGGCGUUGACGGCCCGGAUCGAGAGGGAGGUCGAGAGGGGGGAUUAUACGCGGAGUGGGCGGGUGCUCGGGGCGAAUGCUGGUGGCGCCGGAGGGGAUGAGUUCUAUAACCCCGGGGAGUGGGAGGCCGUGCAGCGGGAGGGGUUGGUGGUGGAUGAGAAGGGGUGGACCGGGGGAAGUUUUGUUUUGGGGGCGGAUGGGGGGUCUGUUGGGGAAAGUAGUGGUCAGGGUACUGGAGGUGGAGGUAGAGGAGGGAGUAUGAGGGAGAUUUUGGCCAAAGCGGCGGAAGAGAGGAUGAAGAGGGAGAGGGAAAGGGAGAGGGAUGGGCAGUAGAGCUUAAAGUCUGCUUGGGUGCUUGGAUUCUUUGUCUGCAGAUAUCUUCCAGAUUCACUCAAUCCUCACGAUGUAACGAUACCAGAAUCAAACAAAAUCAAACU